AUGUUAGGUCCUACACGAUGGAAAUAUGCAUUAGCAUAUAUUGAUGAUGUAAAUAUAUAUUCAAAAAAAAAAUUCGAAGAACAUUUAUCACAUCUCAAUGAAAUUUGUCAAAUAUUAAAAAAUACUCGAUUUCGUCUUAAUCCAGAAAAAUGUGAAAUUGCUCGAACACAAACUGAUUAUCUUGGACAUCGUAUACAAAAUGGUGAAAUUCGUCCAAGUCUUACCAAUAUACAUGGUUUAAUAAAUACAAGAAUAUCACAAACGACAGAUGAAGCUUGUAAAUUCGUUAAAGCUGCUGAAUAUUAUAGAAAAUUUAUCCUAAAUAUUUCUCAAAUUUCUGAACCUCUUAGAAAAUUCGUUCCAACUACCAGAACUCAAGAAAAUAAAGGACAAAAAACUAUUAUUACAUUGACAAAUGAUGAACUUAAAGCAUUCCAACAAUUAAAAAAUUUUCUUACAACUGAUCUGAUAUUACGACUGCCAAAUGAUAGAUUCCCAUUUAAAGUACAAACUAAUGCAUCUGAUGAGGAAAUCGGUGCGGUAUUCGGAAUUAAAUUUACAUGGGAAACUGAUUAUAAAGCACUCACACAAUUAAAUCAAAAAGCACAACUCAAUAAACGUUGUGAAAGAUGGAGAUUAAAAAUUUUAGAAUACGAUUUCAAGGUAAAAUACAUUCCUGAUUCAAUUAAUUUAAUACCUGAUUAUUUAUCAAGAUCUCCAGUAGAAGAUGCUGAAGAAGAUCCAGAUGAAAUUACUUAUGUUACUUCUCAAUCAACACAAACUGAUUUUGAAUUUUAUAACCCAUAUUUUCCUGUUAUUACUGCUGUCGAAACUCGCUCUUCUAAAUUACGUAAUACAAUAUUAGAUAAUUCCACAGAUACAUCAAAAUUUAGUAUCAGAUUCUCCAACGAAAGAGAAUCGAAUUAUUACAGUUGUUCAACUGAACCACUAAUUCAAGCUCAAAAAAAUGAUGAUUAUGCAAAGAAUAUCAUCCAAAACAUCAAAAAACACAAACAAUAUUUUAUAAAAAACAAUAUUUUAAUGCGUCGUUUAAAUCCUCUAGUCCCCUAUGUACCACAAGGCGAACUUCGUCGAACAAUAUUAAAAAUUUAUCAUGAUACUGCAGCAAAUGAUGCACAUUUCAGAAGGGAUAAAAUAAUACACAAAACUAAAACACGUUAUUUUUAG